AUGGGGAAGGGCACUGUGUCUGGGCUUGUGCAGGUGGUGGAUGCAGACACUGGCAAGGUGGUCAUCAUCUCUCAGGACCUCGUUCAGGUGAAGGUGCUGCUGCUUGAGGCCAUGAGGAUCUGCGCCCCCUUCACGCGGAUGAGGACGAGCACUCAGUUGGGGAAGAACUGGGUACAUCUCCUACUGCUUGAAGGAGGCAGCACAGCUUCUGGGGGCAUUCCUAGUGCUGGGACCCCGCUGGUCACCAGGCCUGACUUCUCCCCACCGAUGCCCAUCUAUAUCACCCGGAUCACCAACCACCAGAACCCUUUCUCCUUUGGCAAUGCCAUGCCAGGCCUGACCUUCCACUGGUCUGUCACCAAGUGGGGCAUCCUGGACCUCCAAGGGCAGCACCACAAGGUAGGCAACCACCCACCGAGAGCUCACCUCCCACCCCUGUCCCAGGCCAGCACCCUGAGAGACAGGGACUUCCCACAGGAAGUCCCCACCCUCACACCCAGAGAGGCCCUUUCUGUCCUCUCCCAAGUCUCAAUGGGACUCCCUUCAACUAAAGGCUAA